CAUUUCUAAUAGUAUAAAUAGGCAUGCCAGAUAUGGAACAAAGACACACAAGCCAAUCUUCUCUACUUCUUCCCCAUAACCCAAAGAAUCCAUUAAUUGCUUUCAAUUAGCUGAUCCCCAUGGCAUCAGGCCUUCCCCUCAGGCACCCUGCCCAAGGUUUUAAUGCUAGCCAGCAACUGAUCAAGAGUGACCGCGGCAGCAUGCUAACAAUGUUCAAUGACAAUGUGUUGAUGAAAGAAAUUGAAAGAACUCAUGCUCCUGAUGGCCUAGAGGUUGAUGUCAAACCAUAUCUCCAUCUAGUUGAAGACAUCCUCAAACGUGCUACCCAGCAAAUCGAUACCUCUCUAACGACUUCCCAAGACCAUGCUGAAGUGGAGGACAAGACUCAACAAAUCAAUUCUGUUUGCAUAGCGAUCGAUCAACUGUCGUAUACAUUAAAACACAAUGCCUACAAGGAACUGGAUGGGCCAGAUGCCUGCGGAACAACUACUCCCUACGAGGUACUGGGUGGGACAGAUGCCCACGCAACAACUGUCUCACUUUUCAACACGCUAGAACGCUUUUCCUGGGAUGCCAAGCUGGUGCUCACCUUAGCAGCUUUUGCUUUGAAUUAUGGAGAGUUCUGGCUGCUUGUCCAGAUUUAUUCGUCAAACCUGUUGAAGUAAACUCAAUCCAGAAGGUCAAGGAAGGCAGCCACCAGCUGUCACCGUCCAACCACCAACCGAUCAGCCGCCAGCCGCCAGCUGCCGGCCGCUUUCAC